AUACUAGAAGCUGGAACUUGAAGCGAUUUCUGGCAUUCUGCAGACCCGACGUAGCCUACUUAGUCGGGCGCUUCACAUCGCGGAGGAGCACAUAAGGAGCGCCUAUCACACACACGACCGUGACCUCUGACCUACAUAUCCUGUCCAACUUCAAGACCAAUCAUGGAGGCGCAGAAACCACCAAUGAAAAAGCGCAAGCUUACCGACAAGAAUCUACCCUCCACCAUUCUCUCGUCCCCAGCGUACUCAGUGGACUCUCGAAUGUACCAAGACUUGCUCCAGAUGGAACGGAGGCUUGAUUGGACUAUGACUAGGAAGCGGGCUGAGGUCCAGGAUGCGCUGAGUCGAACCAUGACUACCGCACGUACGCUGCGAAUAUUUCUUAGCCAUACGGUCUCCGGGCAGAUAUGGCAACAAGGCGGAGAUUCUUCUGCCACACCUGCGCCUGAGUCGGGAAGUAAUAUUAACCCCGAGACGGGUGAGGGCAUUCCUGCGUGGCAGUUCAAGGUUGAGGGGAGACUCCUCGAGAUACCAAAUCAACGCGCGAAAGACCGUGCACCCUUGCGCAAAUUCUCAACAUUCAUCAAAUCCAUGGUGGUCGAGCUAGACAGAGACCCGGCCCAGUACCCCGAGGGGAACAUCGUUGAAUUCUCUCGCUCCUCAGCGGCCAACACACUGGAUGGUUUCACGAUCCGGCGACGUGGUGACACGCUUACUAAAAUCCGAGUAGUAAUACAUCUCGAACAACAACCUGAAGUGUACAAAGUGAACCCCGAACUAGCCAGUAUCCUCGGCAUUAAGGAAGACACAAGGGUAGGCAUCCAACAAGCCCUAUGGAAUUACAUCAAACUCGAAGGUCUACAAGACAAAGUAGACCGCAAGACGAUACAUGCUGAUGCGAAGCUUAAACCGAUAUUCGGUCAAGACAGCAUUCCCUUCACCCUACUUCCCGAGCGUCUUAUGCGCCAACUUCAACCGCCCGACCCGAUUAUCCUUCACUACACCCUGAAUCCGGCUCAACCGCCGCCUGAGAAGCCUCAGGCAUACGACAUAGAAGUUAAGAUUGACGAUGCUGCCAUGAGGGCGAGAAUGAACCAUGUGACUGUUGCUGUUGCGCAAGAGAGUGCGAAGGAACUCAAUCGCAUGGAUGACGAGAUUUCUCUCCUCACUCAAUCACUCACCCAAUCGCAUCUCAAAGCCACUUUCCUGAACUCCUUCGCUGCCGAUCCUCAAGGCUUCAUUCAAACCUGGCUUGAGUCUCAAUCCCGCGACCUCGAAGCGAUAUUGGCUAAUGGUCAGAGCGAGGGUGCAUUGAGGAUGGAUGAUUUGAGGAGGAGCGAGUAUUUCAGGUUGCCUUGGGUCGACGAGGCUGUUGCUAUUCAAGAGGGUAUGCGGAAAGCUGCUCUGGCUGCUCGACCGCCUGGCACCUAAGUUAUUCCACGGAGUUAUUGCGUGUUGUCAUGUCACUUACUCGAUUAUGCGUUGUUGUAUUCUACCUAUACUUGUGAGCUCGCGUGUUAUCUCACUUAUUUCGUAUAUUUC